AUGGACGGGCCACCGCUACCUCCGACCUCUACCUCCACCUCCACCUCCAUUAAUGACAAUGAAAACAAGACCGGUAAUGAUCCUUCUACGUGGCAUCGUCCCACCAGCAGCCUCCCUCAAUUCCCUUCCUCUGCCUCCCAAGUUUCUUCACCUCCACAACAUUUACGUAAUCGUUCUUUGAAUCUCUCCCCACACGUAUCACCUUCUUCGCCGCCUCCUCCUGAUCCAAUCCCAGAGAUCGAGACCUACGUAGUGCAUGUUCCAAGGGAUCAGGUCUAUUGGAUCCCUCCCCCGGAUAAUGCAGGAUCGUCGAAAGACGCAGGAAUAGCGAUCCGGGGAGAAAUAAUAAAACCCGAACCUCCGGUUUUCAACGUUAAGAAACUAGAGAAAUCUCGCCAUUUCGAGAUCAUGUUGACAUCAAAGAACCCAACCUCCACCAUGUGGGUGACCUACAAAGGUCUCGUCUCACUGACGUACAAAAACAAGAACCUAGGCCAAGGGAAUUUCCCAGAGCUGUCAUUAGCCGUGUCGGGAUCCCAUACGGUCAACCUAAAGCUGGAUAGGUCCAUGAACGCGGCUGUUCUGCCGCCUGAAGUGGUUAGUUUGGUAUUGACGAUGGGGCUAGAUGCGGGUUUCGGCACGGGCUUGGUGAAACGAGCCAAGGAAGUGGCCGUAACAUGUGACAUUAAAGUAAAUGGAUUAUUAGAUGCGCACAAGGUUGAGAUUGUGUCGGAGAGUUGUGAGAGUGAGUUCACUAAAUAAAACAACAGCGAGCUUUAUUACUUCUCAUGUAAAGGUUUGUUCCUCUGACUGUCAUAUGCUUUUUUCUUUUGUUUUAACUUUUACAUGUUAAUGUGUGAUACAUCAAAGACGUUCAAAAUUUCUUUAUUGAAGAUGCUCUGUUUUUGAUGUAAGAGCUAGGUGGUACUUUGUAAUCUGUA